AACUAUCAUCGUAUACAUAGCGUUUUCUUAUCACCUUAGCUAGCUCGAAUCAAUGGCCAACCAACACUCUCUCUUCCUCUAUGAAAAACAGUGGUAUAAGCAAAAUUAUAAAAGGGUAACGGAUAGCUUGCUUUUAAUCCUUCUCUUAUUGCUGCUUUGUUACCGUGUUAUCUCUGUCAACUAUUACUCUUUCCCUUGGUUUGUUGCCCUUUGUUGCGAAUCAUGGUUCACCAUCUCUUGGUUUUUCACCCUCACCACUCAAUGGAAUCCAGCAAUUAUCGAAACCUACCCAGAUCGUCUCUUGCAAAGGGUGCAAGAGCUUCCGGCAGUGGACUUGUUUGUGACAACUGCGGACCCUAUGCUUGAACCACCCAUAAUAACAGUGAACACUGUGCUAUCUUUAUUGGCACUUGAUUACCCAGCUCACAAGUUAGCUUGUUAUGUUUCCGACGAUGGGUGUUCCCCUCUUACCUUCUACGCUCUUCAAGAAGCUUCUGAAUUUGCCAAGUUUUGGGUACCAUUUUGUAAGAAGUACGAGGUGCAAGUUAGAGCUCCUUUCAGAUACUUCUCCGAUGAGCCUGAGGCCUCCAAGGCCAACAACAUACCGGAAUUCAGACAAGAAUGGUUAAGAACGAAGGAUAUGUAUGAUCUUCUUAGCCGCAGAAUAGAGUUAGAAGCGUCCCGAAAAUGUCGACUUGAUGGAGAAUUUGCAGUUUUCUCAAACACUGAGAAGACAAAUCAUCCAACCAUAAUCAAGGUUUUAUGGGAGAACAAGGAAUGCCUUGCAGAUGGGUUGCCACAUUUGAUCUACAUAUCUAGAGAAAAGAGGCCAAAGCAGCCACAUCAUUUCAAGGCUGGUGCCAUGAACGUUUUGGCAAGAGUCUCUGGGUUGAUGACCAAUGCUCCCUUUAUGCUGAACGUGGAUUGUGAUAUGAUUGUAAACAAUCCAAAGAUUGUUCUGCAUGGGUUGUGCGUUUUGCUUGAUUCCAAAGGAGAAAAGGAAGUUGCAUUUGCUCAAUGUCCCCAACAAUUCUAUGCUGCACUCAAGGACGAUCCCUUUGGAAAUCAGCUGGUAAUUUUGUUUAAGCACUUGGCAGCUGGAUUAGCUGGAAUCCAAGGACCUUUCUACGGAGGAACAAACUGCCUACAUAGAAGAAAAGUUAUUUACGGUCUCUCUCCAGAUAACGUGGAGAAUGGAAACAGCAUGUCAGAGGAGGAAUUAAAACAAAAAUUUGGAGCUUCAAAGGAGGUUGUGAAAUCAGCAGCUCAUGCUUUGAAAGGGAGAACAUAUUCCCCUAAUCAUAUUAAUAUUUCAAAGGCUGUUGAAGUAGCAAGCCAAGUUGCUGGUUAUGGAUAUGAAUAUGGCACUGCCUGGGGCAAGCAGGUGGGUUGGAGGUAUGGAUCAUUGACAGAGGAUGUACUUACUGGGCUGAAAAUACAUGUAAAAGGUUGGAGAUCAGAAUUGUGUACACCGAACCCAAUUGCAUUCACAGGUUUUGCUCCAGGAGGUGGCCCAACUUCAAUGGCCCAACAAAAGAGAUGGGCCACAGGAGUUCUUGAGAUCUUCUUUAGCAAGCACUGUCCUAUUAUUGGUACCCUUUUCCAUAAGCUUACUUUGAGGGAAUGCUUUGCUUAUAUGUGGAUUACCAACUGGGGCUUGGGCCCAAUCUUCGAAGUAUCCUAUGCUUGUCUCAUUGCAUAUUGCAUCAUUACCAACUCCAAUUUCUUGCCUCAGGACAUGGGCAUGUGUAUUCCUGUGGCAUGUUUCGUAAUUUACGCAGUAUAUACUCUCUUGGAAUACUUGGCAGCAGGGAUGUCAAUAAGAGAAUGGUGGAAUAAUCAAAGGAUGUCAAGAAUAACACCCAUGAACGCUGGCUUUUGUGCAUUUCUUACUGUCAUACUUAAGUUGUUGAGAAUAUCUAACACUGUGUUUGACAUAACAAAGAAAGAUGUACCAUCACAUGCAAGGGAUGGUGGAGAGGAUAAGGAUGCUGGUAGGUAUACCUUUGAUGAGUCCCUAGUUUUUUUGCCAGGCACUACCAUUUUGCUUAUGCAAUUGGUAGCAAUUGUUAUCAAGUUAUUGGGGUUGCAACCAACUCAUAGUGGAAAUGGGUGUGGACUAGGUGAGAUUUUCUGUAGUGUUUAUUUGAUAGUUUGCUAUUGGCCAUUUCUUAGAGGACUAUUUGAGAGGGGAAAGUAUAGAAUUCCCUUGUCUACAGUGUGCAAAUCAGCUAUCUUGACAUGUUUCUUUGUACACCUAUGUAGAAAGAACAAUGCUGGUUGAUGGAGAUAAGAAACUAGGAAAGUCAUGGCUAAUGUAAGGACUAUUUUUCAUUUUGUGCAAAUUAUUAAUUCAAUAGGAAUAUUUUUAUACAGAAUAGAAUGAUUCCACCUUAAUCAAAAUCUCAAAUUUGUUUUUUAAUUAACUCAAAAAAUAUAAUUUU